AUGUUCCAAAUAUCUGUCUUCUUCUUCUUCUUCUUCUUCUUCUUCUUCUUCUUCUUCUUCUUCUUCUUCUUCUUCUUCUUCUUCUUCUUCUCCUCCUCCUCCUCCUCCUCCUCCUCCUCCUCCUCCUCCUCCUCCUUCUCUCGGCACCAAACGGGGACUCCUGCAGCUCUGAAGCCGGCGGGCAGCGAGGGCGAGCUGAUGGCGGAGACUCUGAACUCUGCAGGCAGCAGCAGCACCAUCGCCUCCUCCGUCAUCGAGGUGGAGAACCAGAGGACGGAACCGGGGCCGACUCAGCCAGCAGCUCUGAGACCGGGCCGACAGGAAGAGGAGGAGGAUGACGAGGAGAUGCCCCCCCUCUGCCCUCCUCCCACCCUGUCCAUCACAGAGGAGAUCCUCGAAUUCAUCAACCAGAGCCGAGCCAGGGAGGGGCUGACCGCCAUCCACAGCGACCCCCCCGAGCAGGUCCUGGAUCAGCCCAAAGAGUGUCCUUCUCCAGACCAGACCAACUUCACCUGCCCACUGCCCCCAGUCGCAUGCCCCUCCAGUCCAGAACAAAUACCCACAAGGCAACUGGAGCAGGAAGUGGUGGAGGAAACAGCAGAGAUGGAGGACGACAGCACCCUCCAGAGUCAGACCGAAGACCUCAGCGAGGAACACAAAGCUCACAACGAGACGACUACGAAUGAAGUCCAAGAAACUCCAAGGGAAGUGGGAAAGGAUGUGGAGGCCGAUGACGAGUCCCAAGGAGAAGUGGUAGAAAAAGAGGAAGAAGAGGAGAGAACUAGGGAGGAAGAUGAAGAGGUGAACUUAAAGUUAGAUCCGACUCCCUGCAUCUUAGCAAAGGAAGAAAGCAUUCAAUCACAGAGGGAAGAGCAGGGGUCCACCACUUCCCUCCCUAACCCAAAUCCCCCUAUCCAGAGAUGCCAGCUGCCCACCAGGACCUCCCACCUCACCAAGCGCGACAAGAAGAUCAUCGAAAAGAUCCGGAGUUACUACGAGGCAGCAGCCGAGGCCGAGGAGGACGAGCUGCAGGAGGCAGAUGAAGAGGGAGAAGGAGUGGAGUCCACAAGGAGGAACAGUUUUUCACAGAUCCCGUCGGGCUUGGUGAAGACGUCGGUGUCGCGCUUCGAUGUGAACGGCCACCAGGAGGAGCCAGACAGCGCAGGGUCUAGAACCACUGAAGCAAUAGAAGCAGAGAUGGAGCCCCAGUCCCCGAUUAGUUCUGUCUCUUCCCCGACUCACCUUUCAGGGGAUGCAGGAAAUGACGGACAGGCAGAUAAUCCAAUGAGCUCCUUGGAGUUUGAUGCACAGGGCCCACUGUCUUCUGUGAUGCACGACGAGGAGCAAGAAGAUCUAACUCUAGAGUCAAAUCGAGACGUUCCUGUUGGAGAAGAGGCGAUCAUACGGGACAAUGAAGAGGAAGUCUGCAAGAAACCAUUGGAACAAGGACUUGAGGAACAGCAGGAAGAGGAGACGAGUGUUGUAGCUACUCAGGAGCCGGGGAUACAUUCACCACAGUCAAGUCUUACCGACACGUGUGGAGAGGAAUCCAUCAAAACCAGUGCUGACAACCAAGUGCUUGUGAAUGGGUAUGCACCUAAUCCAGCGCAACCAAGUGGAAGCAAAAAAGAACCCUCUCAACCUCUGCCGACUCCAGAAACAUGUCAAAGAACUGAGACUCAAGAGUCCACUUUGACUAGAACCAAACAAAGAGACCUAGAAAAGACCAUUGGAAACCUCGAGAGUCUUCCCAGUCAGAUUAAAGUGGGCCGAUGGUCCCGCCACUCCAGGAUUGUCAGCGCUAACCGGGUCUUAUUUGAGGGCAUGGGAUCGGACGUGGCCGGGAUCGGGUUGUUUGAGGCGAGCCCCGUAGUGGACCCCAUGCUGAUGGAGAACUCAGAGCGCAUUCUGAGCAAGGUCCAAACCAUCGCUCGGAUGUAUAGCGCCAAAGCCAGCACCAUGAAGGUCCCACUGCACCAGAAACGAGCCAGCGGUGCCUGGAACCAAUCAUGGAGCUCCGGUCGACUGUCUGGACGUUCAGAUCAGAACCAAACUGAAAGCAGGGUCAAUGUGCAAGCUCAAACACAGGCAGCCAAGUACAGGCAGCCGACACAGAACCAAAUGGAAGUAAACCAGUCGUACAACCACUCAGAGACCAAAUAUGGAACCCAAAAUCAGUCCAGGAACAAAUUCCAGAGCCAAACCGAAAGUAGUCAUCAAACCCAGAUGCGAACUCACAGCCAGGUGCAGAGUCAGAGCCAGAACCAGACCAAGACUUACAGCCAGCACCAGACCAAGACUUACAGCCAGCACCAGACCCAGACUUACAGCCAGCACCAGACCCAGAACCUGACCCGGGAGGACCAAACCAUCCAGGAGGAGAGGACCAUAAAGAGAGCAGAGAGCCUGACAAGUGACGUCCAGGAGACGGUGGUGGCCCCCUGCGACCCUCUGCUCAUCGGUCGUGUGUUUGUGAAAGAGGAUCAAAGCGCAGCCUGUCAGAACCUAUCAAACGUCUUCACCCUGUCCAGGCCGCGGGACUUCAUCUCCGCUUUGACCAAAGACUCCAGCGCGACCCUAACGCAAAACCAGGAAGAUCCUUCUGAGCAGAGGCAGAAAACACAGAGGUCGGAGCAGAGUGGUGGAUGCCAUGUUUACUCCGUCUGUCAACACUCAACAUCCGAGCCAAAUCCCUCUGCUUUCAACAUACCAGAGUGUGAAAUCUCCAAAUAUAAACAGGAUUUACCAACGUUCACCGAAGAUGUGCUCAGUGUUCCUGCCGGGCCUGAAUACUGCCAUGAGUUAUCCACAGCUGAGCCCGGAGAUCAGUACCAGAGGGAGACACCUUUCCUGGCCGAAGGAGGGUCGGAUAACCCGGACGUCUCUGGAGGACCAAAGAACGAUGGACCCCAAAACAAGCCGAAGCGUGAUUCUCUGUCCAACACCAGGAUGGUUCUACAGGGUUCUUCGGUGAUCUUUGCAGGAGAGAAACCCUACUACGGUCAGCCUUCACACACAAGCUUUGACCCCUCACAGGUUCAUAGAGUCACAGAAACCUCAGAGGAUCGCCGGGCAAGAGCACCAAGUCAUGGUCCACCACGUAUCCAAACUCAGAAUCAAAUCCAGCCCGACCCCGGCCUCCUUCGGUGCCGUCCGUCGACCAUCUGCCAACGUUCACCAGCCAGAGGCCUCACGACCUUCCCACCGCUACGAGCCAACGGGCUCCGGCUCACACCAGUAUAAAAAGGCAGAGACAGCAGACUGUCUUCCGUGUGAAAGCCUGCAGGAGAAAGACGCAGGGACGUUCCUGAACAGGACCAUAGCGAUUCUUCAGAGAAUAUUUAAAGAUUGCAACGUGAGUCCAUCUGCUGAAGGCGCCUGAUCGGCACAGCGAGCGGCGCCACUGGCCGGUCGAUGCUCUGCACGCUCUGAACUCUGAAAGGAGAGCAAUGGAACAUGUGUGAUCAUCUGAUCACUUCUAAACCAAAUCCAUAUUUGGAAGAAUGGACAAUAACCUAGCAAUAAAAGAUGAGUUUACCCGUCGUGUGGUCCACAAAGAUACCUAUUCUUGUUUUGUGAACAUUGAAGUAUAUCUUGUAACGAUGUUUGUGAAGAUGAUGAAGAAGUCUCCGGAGACACCAGCUUAUAUAUAAUAAGGUUUAUUACAACAGCAUAGUAUCAGACACCAACACGGGCGAUGCGGGGUUCCCAGAGCCAAUUGUGGAAGUCCCCCGAACAGUCUUUGUGCAUACACUUUAUAGGAGAAAUGUGUGUGUGUGUCAAAAUGCGAUGUUCUAUGAAGAUGUGUACCCAAAUAAGGUGAUCUAUAAGUUCGUCCACGAUGUCUUGCGCGUCCCCAAAAUAAGGUGAGAUAUACGUUAGUCUUCGUCUUACUCAUCCCUGGAGGUCUUCUGACAUAGUCCAGAGGUUUGUUCUACAACCUCCUGUCGUACCACAUCACUCUCUGCACUCUAUGACCUCAGGGAGUAAACAACUGUAUAUGAACUGAUUUAAUAUACCACAAUAACUCUGUAUGCCCCACUAGGUCGAUUCCUAGGGCAUCUUGAACGUAUUCCAGAUGUUGUUUUUCACUCUUCUUCCACCCAACAUUCCUCUGACCUCAGGGAGUAUAUGCUCUGGUAUAUCUCCAGAUUUAAUACACCACAAAACAUUGUGUGAUUAUCAACCCGAAAUCCUUCAGUCACACGUCAUUUAAUUAUAGCUACUUAUCAAAAUAUUGGUGAUCACAAAAGGGGUAUAUCCAGAGGUGUAGUGCUAUUUAGGUACCGGAGGGCACCUAUGACUCGCGCAUGCAUGCUCAGUCUUGACCAAACCGUUUGAGAGCCACUGAGAUAACACAGAAUGAAGGGAACUCCAAACACUCAGUGUCCUGUCCAAACACACACACACACACACACACACACACACACACACACACACACACACACACACACGAGCUUGAAUGACACAGAGACCCAGAAGUAUUCGUACUGUACUGUGUAUAUUAUUUUCGAUGGCUUUAUUGUGUGAUCAGUGUGACAGAUGCACAGAUCGCCACUGAGCUUCAACUAAAGACACAGCCGGGCAGAACAUGUGUGUCCGGCUCCUGAUGCGCACUGACCCCUACACCCCUGAAUAGUGUUCACUGCUGAAUGUCAUUUUCUGAAAAAACAAAAAAAAGUAAGAAGCUAUGCGACGAUGUUUGUUGAUUUGAAAUCUAUAUACAACCUCCGAAAAAGAACCAUUCAGGGACCAGGUUCAACAGCACCCAGCCUAAUGUAUCUGCCCCCAGUCAGCAGUGAGCUGACCUGACUUGGUUUGAGGUUGUGGUUACAUUUCUCCUUUACUGCAGCCAGUGUUUGUUUUUUGUGAUCUGCAUACUUCUGAUUUGUUUCGGUCAUUGUAGAUUGUAAAUCAAAACCUUCCAAUCUUAAUUCAAGUUAUAUUAAUACAAGUUGGACAGUAAUCAGUGUUGAGCAUUGUUUAGGACUUCUCAGCUUUAUUGCCAGCUUGAUUGCUUUAUUUAAAACAUGUGUUUGAAAGUAAUCAAAUGUAAUAAGUUAUAUUACAUUCAUGAAGUAAUCAGUAUAGGCUGCAGAGAGGUCACCCUCAGGAUUUUCUACAAAUUGGUGAGACCCUAACCACCAAGACAACAACACCUGUCCUAAACAUGUCAUAGCAGACCUAACUGUCAACUCAAGAAACAUGUUUAGCUUGCUUUAUGUGAAGUUGUCAUAACAAGGACAUCUCAAACAAUGUCACCCUUGCAUCAAAAGUGACAUAACUUACCGAAUGACACUUAACGACCACUGUCAUCAGUAUUCAUUCAUGUUUGAGAAGGGUGUCAUGUCAUGGUUAUGAACACCCAUUCAAGUAAAGUGUUACCGCGAUGUCUGCUGAGAAGUCCUUGUAUACCUCGCUGACUUUGAGGUCAUCUGAGUCUGGCAGCUCCCCCCGCACGGCCUUGUAACGUUUACUCCUUUGAACAUGUUUGUUUCAUAAUUAGGAUUUAAGAACAAUGUUACACUCAGACAACAAUCACAAAGUUAUAUAGUAGGCCACAUACAGUUACAUAGCACAAUAGAUAUUACCUCACACUGUCAGCAACUGUAAACUGCUUGGGCUUAGUGGAAAUGAACUCCAUGUCACUCACUCUGCCUGGUUUCACACCCUAUUAAUUACACAACAGAAUUGACAAAUGAAUGCAUAUGGUCGUUGAAGCAACAUACUAGAUCAGCUCCUGGCACAAAGGAAAUACUCAUUAAACAGUGGCUUGGUAGUGAACACAUACUGUACUUACCUUGGUUCUAGACUUGUGCCAGCGCUGCUCUCUUUCUGUGCAGCUAAGGACGGGGUGGAGUAGUGCGCGGUCUGGAAUAACAGUGCAACAUUGUGGUUGCAGAGUGCUGUUCCAGCUACACAGGAACACUCUGCCACUGCAAUCUCCACAGGGGAGAAGUCCUCAAAGACAAUCUACACAAUAAAACAGAAUGUCUGUCAUUUCACAUUUAGCACACUACUUCAAUACAACACAGAACAAUGAGAAAGCUGAGAGCAGGCCGACCAGGCAAGCCAGGCUUUCUCAUGGAGCUGUAACAGUUCGCCCUGACGCUCACUCUCCCUGUGGGUAGAUCUUUGUUUGAAACUGUGCCAUCUUCUUGCCUGGCUGAUGUCACGUUAACGUCAGCCUUCUCACUUCGCUCUAUAGAACGGAAGUUCACAAGCGCACACUCAACGAUGCGGAAAUAAAAAUACGUCAUCCCGUGCAACUACUGAAUUGGUAACCUUAAUCAUUAUCAACAAAGAAUUGACAGAGACUCUAACCAGAAGUUAAAUUAUAAACUGGUAAACACAGAAAGUAACUCAACAGGAAAUCCAAUAACUGCUGCAGGUAGCAACUGAUUAUCUCACACACAAACACACAGACACACAUUUGUCUGAUUCAUACACAACGUCCCAUUUAUUUCAGUUGGAAUAAUUGUUUGAGCCACAUUCAUUUAAUGAAAACUAAAACAAAAUAUAAGCAGCAAGUUUUACAAAUGAAAAUAAACAAAAAUAAAUCAACUAAUCUGCAGAAAUAACAAAGCAGUGUCAUUAUCAAUUAUGAAUUUAGCAUAGUUUGCCAAACAUGUACAUCACAGUCUCUACAAGUUGUUUUGACAGAAAUGCUGGUGGACGGGGAGCCUGUCGAGGCAUGUAUUUGCUUCACAGUGAAGCCAGGUGUAGUAGGAAUAACAUAAUCAGAGGGCGUGGAGAUCUACCUGGCAUUACCUGCGUUCCCUGUAAACAGCUGUUGAAAGAUCUGAACCUGAAGACCUUUCUGGCAUCAUGAACCAUCUGAUUCACCCGAUGAUCCAAAAAUACAGACCAACUUUCACUCUGUUCAGGUGUAUAUCAGUGUGUCUCUGCAGGCCCAGACUUGGCCAUGUCCCUGAGGUGGACAAAACCGCUAUCAUUUUUCCCCCCCAAAGAUCUGACUUUUUUUUCUGUGACAUUCACACUCAAACUCAAAUACCGUUUUUUAUUUGUACUGUUUGUAUGUGGAUCAGAAAUAUAUUUGUGAAUCCUUCUGUGUGCGUUUUUUUCAAAAUGUAUUUUGAGACAGAUCUGACCCCAUAGUCUUCAAACUACUUGCUUUCCUUACCCCAAAGACCCCCCAGUUUACAGUGAAAUAAUAUAUAACCAGAGCGAGACACUGAAGAAGCUGCAGUCAGUCUGAUUCAUAUAACAACGUCCCAUUUAUUUCAGUUGGAAUAAUUGUUUGAGCCACAUUAAUUUAAUGAAAACUAAAACAAAAUAUAAGCAGCAAGUUUUACAAAUGAAAAUAAACAAAAAUAAAUCAACUAAUCUGCAGAAAUGAGAGAGAGAGAGAGAGAGAGAGAGAGAGAGAGAGAGAGAGAGAGAGAGAGUCCAGUGUGUUCUCCCACACACCGACAGAGACUCUAACCAGAAGUUAAAUUAUAAACUGGUAAACACAGAAAGUAACUCAACCGGAAAUCCAAUAACUGCUGCAGGUAGCAACAGAUUAUCUCACACACAAACACACAAACACACAGACACACACUCUCACACAGAAAGAGAGUCCAGACUCCAGUGUUGUCCUGCUGCAGCGUCCCAUCACUUCUGCGCAUGCUCAGUGGACGCACAUGGACGCACUAGUCGCUUGUUAGGCCUUUAGAUGACCUCAGAAUCCCCGGAUCACCAUCAGUCCCUCUCUUUUUCCUCCUCCUCGUGCUCCAGCCUCAGCUCUCGGGUUUAUCCUUGUUGGGACCCAUGAACUCCACCCCGUCCACCGGGAUGUCUUUCUCCUUGAUGGCCGUCUGCACGCAGAGCUGGUACCGCUUGAAGCUCUCGGUGCACGGGUCUCCGCUCUGGUCCCCCUUCAGGAACUUCUCAGCGAACCAGCGGUUGAAACACUGGUCGUACUCCCGCUUCAUGUCGGUGCAAGCCUCCCCCACGCUGUUCAUCUUGGAUGUCGGAAGAGAAAUUAGGAAAGAAUAACUGGUUGUUUUGUUUUUAGCCAACUGCGUGAUUCAGGAAGCUGCUGCUGCGUCAUACGGACAUUUCUCCGUGGCUCUCCUUGAACUGCACGAUGUGAUUGGCUGGUUUCAGAAAGAACGUAAUUGCGUCAUAACGUAAAUCAGACACUGCUUUGUAGAGAGGGAUCACUCCGUUUCUAAUUUAAAAAAAUACCUUUUACAAAGAAAAACUACACAAAAUAUAUUUGAUAAAGAUUCUGGCAUUUAAACAAAAUAAAUUGAUAUAAAUUAAUAUAGUUAUUUUUUUCAUACAAGUUAAGACAAUAUUUUUGCAAUCAUUAAUGUAAAUUUAACAAUAAAAACACUUUUUUCUAA